AUGACCAAGCGAGACUGGUCCACGGACGGACUGACGCUGAUAUCGGACAGCGACGGUCGGGUCCGCUGCGCUUCGUCCCACCUGACGGCCUUCUCCGUCCUCCUCGACCCGAGGCCCGUGCCCGUGGAGGACGAGGGCCACCAAGUGGCCCUCUCCCUCGUCUCGUACAUCGGGGCCGCGCUCAGCAUCGUGGGGCUGGGGCUCACCGUCCUCACUUACUCCAUGUUCAGAUCCCUGAAUCGAGAUCGGUCGGGGAAGAUCCUCCUGAACCUGUGCAUCUCGCUGCUGCUGAUGAACCUGGCGUUCCUGCUGAGCUCGCUGCGGUCGCACGUGACGAGCGUGGACGUGUGCACGGGGGCGGCGAUCCUGGUGCACUACCUGGUGCUCACGUCGCUGCUGUGGAUGCUGGUGGAGGCGGUGCACAUGCACCAGAUGCUCAUCACGGUGUUCGCGUCGGCGGAGACGCAUUUCGUGGCGAAGAGGGUGGCGGUGGCGUGGGGGGUGCCGAUGGUGGUGGUGGGGGGCACGGCCGCGGCGGACCUGGGGCAUUAUCGAGGGUCGCACCCGGAUUUCUGCCUGGUGUCGCCGGCGCAUCCGUACGUGUACUACACGACGUUUCUCACGCCGGCGUGUCUCAUCCUCGCCGUGAACGUGAUCGUGUUCGUGCUCGUGGCGAGGGUGCUGUUCCAUCGCAAGGCGGUCGGGAAGGUGACGGGGAGCGGGAACGCGAGCACCAACGUCACCAUGGCUCAGGUGCGGGGAGCGUUCACGGUGAUGACGCUGCUGGGCGUGACGUGGGUGUUCGGGGCGUUCGCGAUCGGACCGGCACGCCUGGCGUUCCAGUACUUCUUUUGCAUCGCGAAUUCGCUGCAGGGAUUCAUCAUCUUCGUGGUGCGGUGCGUGUUCUACCCGGAGGCGAGGUCGUGCUGGGUCAUGCUGCUCACGACUGGAAAAGUGAAGAAGCACCGGGGGACACCGUUCGCGAAUUCCACGUACCUGAGCAAACAGAGCGGGACGACGCACACGCACGUGAGUCACACGUCCAGCGCCGCCGACGGAUACUCCCUUAACCACGAGGGUUACUCCGUCGGUUACCGGAUCGCUCGUCCCGUGUUCCACGGGACGCACUUGACGGCGCCGCGGUGUCGUUACGGCGACAACAUCUGCUACGACUGGAAGGUCCGUGAGGUCCGACAGAAGUCGUGGUCCGCGGCCCAUCGACCGCUGCCGUUGCGUCUGGGGCCGCAAGGGAAUCACCUCAACGGAGAUCUGUCCCGGAGGAGUCUGGAAUCUCUGACGACGUUGCAGAGGAGUAACAGCGGAGACGAUAACACGUACGAGAGUCUCGCCGAGGAUUCGGGAAAGGGAAGGGAUUCUCCGGGACGGGAUUCCCUUCGAAGGAGUCCAUCGGUGGGGGCCUUGACUCCGCGGUCGAGACCUCUCACGCCUCUGUCUUCGAAGGAGCUCCGGCUGAGCGUCUCCAAGCGUUCCCUGGCCGUCGAGUCGAUCGAGGAUUCGAGCAGCGAAGCCAGCAAGGACGUGAAAGAGGGGAAGGAGACGUCGUGGACCUUCGUGAAGCCAUCCCCACCCAAGUCCUUGUCCAUCCCGCACAUCGAAUCGGAGGAGAAUGCCUCCACGCCCGCGCGGAAGAGAUGCCUCGGCGCGGUCCGACCUCACAAGUUCCACACGUACAACGGCGCCCCGUUUGCGCCGUGCACGUGGGGCUCCGAAGAAGCGGAUUCGGGUUACAGCGGCUUCACGACCAACGGCUUCACGACCGUGGCAGACCCGAGCAAAGGCCGCAAGCGCGGAGCCAUCCUCCUCAACGGCCAGCUGGUCAUCACGGCCGCCCCCCAGAACUCUCUGAGCAUAGCUCCGCCCUUGGAGGACGAUCCCGGCGGGAGCGCGACGGACGACGGGAGCCUCUCCGCCGAGGCCGUGUCCCGUCACCGGCCCACGAAGAUGGCGGAAGUGAGCGAGUGGGAAGACUUGCGUAGGGUGGGGAGUAACGUCACGGAGAUCAAGAUCGAGUACGACGUGUGAAGUUGUGCCAUGGAUCCGGUAGUGAUUCGAGUCGAUGGGUGAGGGCAAGAAGGGCGUGUGUCGUUGGAUUCCUAAAAUUGUCAAAGUAUUCGUUUCGUGGCGAGGACGAAGGAAAAAAGGAUUUCUCUGAUUUCUCUUCCUAUUUUCUUUUUUAUUUUUACCUUGGAACCCUUGCGACGGGACAUUCUUCAGCGCCGGAAGAUUCGAUCGCCCGCAAUUCAUCGGUGCUGAUUCGAACACGCUCUUCUUGCCGUCAUCCGAUCGAAUUUUUCACGUGCUGAAUGUGAUAGAAAUGAAACAUUGACUCCCUUCCCGUGUUGCAUUGACUCAGUCAGAG